AUGAAAAACAUAAAAGAGUUAUUUGAUAAAGAUGAUAGAAUUUCUUUUCCUCCAGGAAUUUUAAUGAAGGGUUCUUUUAAAGAUGGAAAAUAUUAUAUUAGAAAACCUUAUAAAAGAUCAAAUUGUAAAGUAUACACAAUUGAAUGUUGUCGACAAUCUAGAAAAGAAUUAUUAGAAGAAGAAGGUUCAGAUCUUUUUGUAUUUGGCAAAUACAGAUUACUGUUAGGUAGUUCUGAUGAAAUAGUUGAUGCUAUUAAUAACA